AUGCAAUCUGUUGAAGAAAAUGAACUGUGCUAUCCACACCUCAACUCAUCCUGCAGGAAGACCGCGCGUCCUCCCUCUCUGUCCAUGCUUAUUUAUGUUGCGCUAUCCUUGAUCGCUCUUCUUACUGUGAUUUUAAACUUACUGGUCAUCAUUUCUGUCUGCCACUUUAAGAGGCUCCACAGCCCCACCAACAUCCUGCUGCUCUCUCUGGCUGUCUCAGACUGCCUGGUGGGAUUCCUCAUUUCAUUCCAGAUAGAGCUGAUAGAUGGCUGCUGGUAUCUUGGAGACAUCAUGUGUGCCAUUUACUUUGUUUCAGACUAUGCAAUUACAUCCGCCUCAGUGGGAACCAUGGUGCUUAUUUCUGUCGACCGUUACGUGGCCAUCUGUCACCCUCUGCACUACCCCAGUAAAGUCACAGCAGAGAGAGCAAAAAUUUGUGCUGUCAUUUGUUGGAUUUCUUCUGUUCUGUUCCACAGCUUCCUGCUGAGAAGUAACCUGCAAAAACCAGGCAGGUACAACUCCUGCUCUGGAGAGUGUGUAGUUAGUGUUGAUUAUGUUGGAGGGAUCCUUGACCUUCUGCUGUCCUUCGUUGGUCCUGUCGCCGUGAUCGUCAUUCUGUAUGUCAGAGUCUUUGUGGUGGUUGUGUCUCAGGCUCGAGCCAUGCAGUCUCACAUCGCAGCGGUCUCUGUGAGCGUCUCAGCUAAAAAGUCUGAAAUCAAGGCAGCUGUUAUCCUUGGGGUUGUCGUAGUCGUGUUUCUGAUAUGCACCUGCCCAUAUUACUGUGUCGCACUCUUGGCUGAUGAUGCUGGGGUCAGUGCUUCAUCCGUGGCUUUCCUAGUGUUUUAUUUUAAUUCCACCCUGAACCCUCUGAUCUACGCCCUGUUUUAUCCCUGGCUCAGGAAAUCAGUCAAACUGAUUCUUACACUGCAGAUCCUGAAAACUGGUUCCUCUAACACAAAUGUGGUUUGA